CACACUUGCCAAUUUGUCAUGGGGACGACAUUUCUAAUUGAUAUCUAGUCGAUAUAAUUAUAGCACGGACAAGCGAUUAUACAAAUGUUAGUACAUUCACAUCAACUACAGUACCUGUAAUUAUGUCAUACGCGGACCAAUGAAAUUGUCCUACUGUACAUUUAUAAGGCGCCCUCUUCGUUUUCAUCAUGCACUAACUUUAUAUCCCAUCGGAUAGCUGUUCCGGUUGCAAGAUCUGGAUUCUCUUCGUAGGGCAGAUACUGUACUUCUCGAGAAAAUACUCACAACCGUUUUUAACUCACAAAUAAUCAGAAUAUGGACGCGGCAAAUAAGUCUGGAAAACAAGACGAGAUAGGCCUAUCCGUAGUGCUGAUAGCUUACGUUUUUAGUAUCAACAUAUCACUGAUGCUGCUAAUUUUGUCUGCAAACUUUAUCGUUCUCUUUACCAUUCACCGAAACUCGUCUCUGUUUAAAAAACCGAUUCAUAUUUUCGCUGCAUCUUUGGCGCUCGUUGAUUUUAUGAACGGUUUGGUCGGCGUACCAUUUGCUAUUGCUGGAUACGUAUUACAUGCAGUGCAGAACCAGUGCAGUGUUUGGUAUUUUUCUCCCAUCAUUAUUAUUAUUUCAAUGUCCGUUGUCAACUUGAUGACGAUGACAGCGGAUAGGUGGAUCGCGGUUCGGUUUCCCUUUCGAUAUAGGAUCUGGAUGACUGCUGGUCGAGCUGUUAAGAUAUGUACUUUUGCGAACAUGUUUGGAUUCGUCAUAGGCAGUAUGCCAUACAGCGCCACACUGGUCGCCAGCUUUGUCGUUGAGUUGAACGAAACAUCCGUAGAUAACUGCGACAGAUUAUUUUCGUUGUAUAGGCUCUACGGCGAUUUUGUAUUUGCUUAUGUUAACGUGACUCUGACAGCACUGUGCAUUCCAAUCAUGUUAAUAGCGUACGGGUAUAUCUUCAUAAAAGCACGGAACCACAUGAAGCAAAGGGAAAUGCGUAGAGGUAAGCAUAUUAGCACAUUAGCAAUGAAGGCUUGUAAAACAUGUGCUGAAAUUCUGAUUGUGUUCAUUUUAUGCCUAGCUCCGUCGACUAUCAAGGAACCCGUAGAGAACGCAAUAGAUGACGGCGCAUCAUGGUUGGUUUGGUUUCCAUGGUUUUCGGACGCACUGAUUAUUUCGAACUCAUUUAUGAAUCCGCUUAUCUAUUCUCAAAACAACGACGACUUUAAAAAACAAUAUAAAAAGUCGAUCGAUUUCAUUAUAUCGAAAUUUAGGCCUAAAGUCAGGAUAAAAGAAAAUGAUAAGGAUAUUCAGCUUCUUUCUGUUUCCUCACGUACACCAGUCACAAAUUAGCAGUGUCGUAUAUGAGUAUGGACAUGGAGGAGCGCUGCUCUAAGAGGAGGGGAUUGAGUACGGUAAUCGAUGAUUAAGUAAGGUGCGUUAGCCGCCAAAAUAAAAUAAAGUUAAUGAGGUGAUUUGUAACUAGCUACUUGAGUAAUAGCUUUUGUUCAGUAUGGGUAAGGGUUGGGGAGGGCCCAAGCUUUGGGUGAGCGUGCGCUCCCCAAUCCCCCCAUCUUCGUAGACGCAGCUACAAGUAGUGGUGCUCAAGCAAGGUGGUCGAAACGCAUGUACUUUGGUAAUAACAUUGUGUUUGAUAAUAAUGCGCAACCGCUUCCGUUACAACGUUAAUAUAUGCAAUGGAUCGAAUGUAAUAGAGCUAUGGAUAGGUAGUUUAAUGAAGUGCUUAGAUUGAAGAAGAAAAAUAAAUAUUACCGUAUUACUGAUUCCUCGAGGAUCAUACUUAGAAACGUUAAAAAGCACCAAAAGCAUCAAAAAUAAUUUAUCGUAAUAAAAAAUAUACAAUAGUGUAAUUUGAAAUUUCUUACAAUUAUUUUCCAUGCUAAUUUGCAGUAUUAACGUAUCAACAGAUUUCGGACCCAAAUGCGUCAGAAAGUUUACGCUGUUAGGUGGUCACCGAAGUCCAUGGGAAGGCACACCAUACAUAAUUGGUCAACAUAAACGCGCAUUGGAGAGCCAGACAGCUCAAACUUACACGCGUUUUUUUUAUAAGAACCAUACGAAACAGUUUAUUAUUGGUCAGCCAAGGGGGACGCUUCUUUCCCCAUCUUUUCUGCUGGCCCACACCAAAUUCAGCUCCCACCAUGGUUGAAUCCAGCAAAUUUCAAGAUUAGGUGCCUCUAGAUUUUCGAAAACGGCACUCUCAUACUGUAAAAUCAGUGUUUCUGCGACAAAAUAAGUGAUUUCUUUUUCCCGGGGAGGGACUAGGGAGUUCCCAGACAGUAUACCGUAAUAAAAUUAAUUUAAAUUAAACAAUGACUGUACGACCAACUGAUUUUAUUCAUAAAUCUUCGUGUAUAUAUAUAAACAAUCAGUAAAAACAAAAUAAUCGGUCACUGUAAUUAAACCAAGUCGUGGAAUAUGGUUACUAAUUAAUAUCAUUCUCCAGAUCAACUGGUGUUAGGUGAAUUAGGUCCUAUUAUUUUCAAAUCAUAUCUGUUUAUUGCGAUACUACAUUCAAGACUCUACACAAUCUUCUACAAAAAUAUUACUAAAAAAGAGGAAAAAAGAAGAAAGAAACGGAGAAAUGUUGUACCGUAUCUAAACAGCUGUCGGAAUAAAAAUGUGCAUUAUCAACAUGCUGCUCUCUCUUUGAAUGGUUAUCGUCUCAGUACAUGAGCCCUAGCUGCAUGCUUGGCAAUCUUCAUAACCUUGUUAUCGCCACGGAUCAUUGGUAACGUUAAAACUUACGUAAACAAUUUUAUGGUAUUGAAUGAACAUAUAAUAGGCCUACUUGGAC